AUGGCUGAACGAGAUCCUCCCUGUUCUUCUCAUCUUCCGUCAGAUGAUUCCACAGAGCAUGCUCGAAGACUCUUGAUAUUUGGGCCUCAAGCGCUGAAUUUCGACAUCACAGCGCUUCGUAAACUCGGACUCCGUCUACACUUGCCGAACAACCUCUGGCUCUUGGACAGCGUCUCAAGAUUGUACAAAAGCUGGCCAAGCUUAUAUCAAGCCAUUCCUCACUUGAAUGGUGUACAGGCUGAAAGAUAUCUGCUCCGCUUGACUGAGGCAUUGCAGGCCAAUGUCUAUGAUGAAUCGUUGUUUCCACUGCCCCACAUCCUGCUGGCGCCUCUAGUCGUCAUCACCCAUCUUGUACAGUACACGACAAAUCUCAGCACGAGUCGGCAGAACUCAGGAGAAGACGAUUUCGCAGCUGCCAUCAAGGAUGCUGAAAUCUUGGGACUCUGUACGGGUACGCUGAGUGCUUUCGCCAUAGCCUGCGCAUCGUCGCUCAAGCAACUACAACAAUAUGGUACCGCAGCCAUUCACAUUGAUAUGGCUAUUGGCGCUUUUGUUGAUGCCUACGAUCAUGAGAACGGCAUGUCGUACUCGCUUUCUGUAGCUUGGAGCGAGGUGACCCAAGAAUCUACUGUCCAAGAGCUCUUACAGGAAUUCCCCAACGCGUACGUCUCAGUCAAAGUCGACAAACGAAGAUGUACUAUCACAAUGAAUCAGCAGAUCAUGAGCGCACUAAGGCACAAGCUUGAGGAGGCUGGAUUGCAUGUGACUGAUCUCAAGCUCUCUGGUCGAUUCCAUUGGUGGCGACACCAGGAUUCUGUACAUUCAUUGUUGCAAUUUUGCGAUGGAAACUCUCAGUUCCAACUCCCGGAAGCUGCACAAACAUUGGCUCCUGUUAGGUUGGAGUCUGGUGGCCCAACCUUGAUGACCGGAAGCUUGCACAACCUCGCAAUUAGGUCCAUUCUGCUGGACCAAUCCGACUGGCUUACCAUAUACACUUUAUCAGACUUUGAAAAGAGCCUUCCUUCGAAGCUGAAGAUUACUUGUUUCGGCUUGGAACACUGUGUACCUCCGACUGUUGCCAAAAGGCUGGGUCCCUCUUUGGAAUAUGCUUGCGAUAUCGAGGCUAUCACUCUGUCUGGGUCCCCCAAUCCUGCUAGCUCGCAAUCGCUUCCAAGAGCAUCACUGUCACCUGAUCAACGUAUCGCUGUUGUGGGUAUGUCAUGUCAUGCACCGGGUGCCAAAGAUCUCGAUGAGUUUUGGGAAGUUCUCACGAGCGGAGAAUCUCAACACACCGAAGUGCCUGACCAGCGAUUCAGCAUGUCAACCCCGUGGAAACCCUUAGACCCGAGUAAAAAGUGGUACGGCAACUUUAUCAAAGACCACGACAAAUUCGAUCACAAAUUUUUCAGGAAGAACCCUCGUGAAGUUGCCUCCACCGAUCCCCAGCAACGAUUGGCUCUCAAGCUCGCGUACCAGGCGGUCGAGCAGUCCGGAUACCUGAGCCGAGCUCAAAAUGAUAAGCACGUCGCUUGUUACAUCGGUGUCGGUAACAACGACUACGAGCGUAACAUUGCAUGCCACUCGGCUAAUGCAUACUCGGCAAAGGGCAAUCUGCGAGGAUUCAUCGCUGGAAACAUCAGUCAUUAUUUCGGUUGGACUGGACCGAGUAUGACUUUUGAUUCUGCUUGCUCGUCGUCAACCGCAGCUAUCCACUAUGCAUGCCAAUCUAUCUCUAGCGGAGACUGUACGGCGGCCCUCGCUGGGGGUGUCAACCUCUUCACCAACCCUGAUUGGUUUUACAAUCUGUCUGGCGCUUCAUUCCUGAGUCCUAGCGGCCAAUGCAAGCCAUUUGAUGCUGAUGCUGACGGCUACUGUCGCGGAGAAGGAGGUGGCUUUGUCUACCUUAAGAGCCUGGAUCGUGCACAAACCGAUGGCGAUCAGAUCUUUGGCGUCAUUGCAGCCACACAAGUCUACCAAAACCAGAACUUCACGGCCAUCACCGUGCCAAACGCACCAUCUCUAUGCGUUUUGUUCCAGGAUGUUAUUCGCAAAGCCAAUCUCAAGCCUAACGACAUCACUGUCGUGGAGGCACAUGGAACAGGUACUCCUGUUGGCGACCCGGCGGAAUACGCUGGAAUCCAGAUGGCUUUAGGAGCGGAAGCACGCAGUCAGACACUUCAUCUCACAUCUGUCAAGGGCUCUAUCGGCCAUUGCGAGUUCGCUUCUGGCGUCCUGUCGUUGUUGAAAGUAUUGCUUAUGCUUUAUCAUGGCAUCAUACCUCCUCAAGCUAGCUUCUCUCGAGUCAACCCCAAGCUGCAAGCUUCGGCAGGGGACAAGAUCCAAAUUCCGCGGGUGUGUAUACCGUGGACAACCGGCUUUCGCGCCGCGCUCAUCAACAAUUAUGGUGCAUCUGGUUCCAACGCUUCCAUGGUCGUCAGUCAAUACUCCCAAGCUCACUCACUGCAAGCAGUGGUUCCGCAUGCUGUUGGGUUGAGUGCUCCGAUCCGACUGUGUGGACUCGAUGAUCAGAGUCUGGUGGCGUACUGUGCGAAAUUGGGUCAAUUUUUGCAGAAACAAAGAUCAACCAGAAGCAAUCUCUCUAUACACAAUCUUUCCUUCCAGCUCUGCCGCCAAGCCAACUGCGUUUUGCCUCAGUCUCUGAUAUUGAGCGCAAGAUCCUGUGCCGACCUGCACCAACAACUUAGGUCUUUGCGACAGACGAAGCAUUGCACAAUUUCAAUCCAGCAGUCACCCACACGUCCAGUUAUUCUGUGCUUUGGCGGGCAGAUCUCAACUUUCGUUGGGCUGGAUCCUCUUAUCUACCAACGGAUCUUCAUCUUUCGGCUGCAUCUCGACAAUUGCAAUACUACGUGCUUGUCAUUAGGACUCGAUAGUAUCUUCCCUGAAAUCUUCCAACGCUCGACCAUCGUGGACGUCGUGAAGCUGCAAUGUGCUUUGUUCGCCAUGCAGUACUCUUGUGCAAAGGCGUGGAUUGAUUGUGGAGUCUCAGUCGCUGCCAUCGUGGGUCACAGCUUUGGCGAGCUGGUUGGUCUCUGUAUCGCUGGAGCAUAUACACUGAAGGAUGCCUUGAAAUUGAUCUCCGGUCGCGCAGCCAUUGUUCGCGACUUCUGGGAGGAGGACAAUGGCGUGAUGCUGGCCGUAGAGGGAGACAAAGCUACCCUUGAUACGCUAAUAGCACUGGCCAAGCAGCAGCCUGGAUCCCAGGCCGACCCCUCAAUCGCGUGUUACAAUGGUCCGCGAGCUUUCACGCUUGCCGGCAGUCAACAGGCUAUCGAUCUAAUCUUGGAUCUGGUAGCUGCCAAUGAUAGCUUUGCUCAUCUUAGAAUAAAGAGAUUGAAUGUGACAAACGCUUUUCACACGGCGCUUGUGGACUCUCUCGAGCAAAAACUUGUGUGCCUAGGCAAGGAUAUCACGUUUUUGNAUCCUGUGAUCCGCAUCGACCGAGCAGUCGAACAGUACGAAAACCCUUUGGAUAGCCGCUUCGUGUUCGAACACAUGAGAAGUCCUGUUUUCUUCAGCGCGGCAGUUCAGCGACUGUCAAAGGAUUUUCCUCGGCAAUCUGGCUCGAAGCCGGCUCGAAAUCCACUGUGA